GCGGCGUGUUUAGGCGGAAAAAACCGCUUUUAGCUCGAAAAUCGCCAAAAAGCGCAUGUUAGCGCUGAAAAAGCGCUUAAAGGUGCUAAACCCCGCUACGGAACCCGACCCGAACCCGACCCGUACCCAAUUUACAUAAACCCCUCUCACCGCUGUUUCCCAAACCCACCUGUGCCCUAGCCGCUUCUCUCCCAAGCGACGACUUCCACCGGCGACGACUUCCACCGCCGUCAACGCCACCUCCGGGCUCCGAUCAACACUCCUGAACCAGCAGCACCUUUGAUCAAGCCAUCUUUCUCUCUCUCCAGUCAAGCCCUUCUCUUUCACGGUCCUCCGGUGACGAAGUCCAGCGCCGUCAACGCCGCCUCCGAUCAUCGUCGCACCCCGCACCAACAACACCUCUGGAGUCCGGUGAAGCCCAUCUUUCUCUCUCUCUCUCUCUUUAGGGCUUUGAAUUAUCUCUCGUUCCUGAUCUUGUAAUCUAAUGAAGAUUUGUGUUUUCUUUCCUUUUCUUUUUCUUAUUUCUUUUUGGAGUUGGAUGCAGCCUAUCGAACUAGAUAUCCAGAAUUUUCAAUCUCUUUUUUUUUAAUAUUUGACAGAUGUUAGUUAAUUUACUCAUUGCGAUAAAAUAAAUCAGAUAGAGCUUGCACAAAGGUCAAAAUGGGGAAAUGUUAUUCUUAAAAAUUUUGUUUAAUUUUGUAAGUAGAAGGGAGAACUCAUGCACAUAGUUAUGAACCUAGCCAACUUAACUUUUUGAGUUUUGUCUUUUUUUAGUUUCAGUUGCAAAUAACGCAUCUUACUAUCCCCAGUCCUUCUCUCCCCAGUCCUUCUCUACAUUGACUUCAUAAUGAACUCUUAACGUCAUGGUUACAAGUAUAAUUAGUUUCUGUUCCCUUGCUUUAACCUUCUUCAAGUUCUGAAGAGGUGAAAAUAUUUUGUCUCAUCUGGCAUGCACUUGCAUUUCUAGGCCUUUAAACAUUUUAACUCUGACAAAAUAUAAAGAUGAUGUUACUGAUCAAUGCUUUUUUAUUGUUGAGCAUUUUUAUAUUAGAGACUUGAAAGUUGAAGAAAUGGGACAAAUAACGGUCUUUUGGAUAAACAGCGCGCAAUAGCCUUAGCGGUACCUCUCCGCGACGCACCGCGAUCCGCUAUCAACAACCUUGAUAAAAACGCAAGUGACGAGCAUGCUAAUUUUUAUAAAAAAUUUUUUUCCACCCCCCCGCAGCCUCUGUCACGCAUAUUGAACGCCAUCGGCUGCUGCUGCUGAUGCCAGACCGAUGCCGCUUCGGAGAUGCGGAGACGGAGCACCCGCUGCCGCCCGCGUCUACACGGUCUGCGACGAGUCCAGAUACUUAAUUGUGCGGAAUGUCCCCGCGUUGGGGUGCGGGGAGCAGCUGUCGAAUUUGUUCGGAUCCUACGGGAACGUCGAAGAGUGCAAACCCAUGGAUACGGAAGACUGUGAGCCUUUCACUGAUGUAUUCUGGAUCAAAUUUUCACAGGUCAGCAGUGCAAGGUUUGCAAAGAGAAAAUUGGAUGAGUCAGUUUUCUAUGGAAACCGCCUUCAGGUUUCAUAUGCUCCUCAGUUCGAAACCCUUUCAGACACCAAGGAGAAACUGGAGGGAAGGAGGAAUGAAGUCUUGGGACGGCUAAAGCAUGGAAAAGGUCAAGGAUCAAAGAGCCUCUCUCAAGUUGCUCAUCAUCCUCAUAAUAGGGCAGAUACUUAUCAGUGUGGGCAAGCUUCACCAAUGCUGAGACAUCAAGAGUUUCAGAACUUCAAUCAUAAUAGGGAAUAUAAUACAUCAGCAGAUCAAUCUGGGUGUAUCGGCCAUGUUUCUUCGGACAAGGAAUACUUCCCAUCUUCGUCCAUGAAUCAGACAGUUCAAUUGGUCAGGGAGAAGCUUGAUAAGAUAAAAUCAAGCGCAGAUAAUGUGGAAGCAGGUCCAGCAUCCAAAAGAACGCGAUUAGACAGCAGAAGAAGAAUUUGAUGCUGCAUGUCCAAAGUAAUCAUUUUUGCUUCAGUAGAAAAAGGAGAGAAAACCUAGCACAGUUACUUUAAAAGAUUAUUUGGGAUGUGUAUAUAUAAACCUAGCACAGUUACUUUUAAAAGAUUAUUUGGGAUGUGUAUAUAUAUCCUUAUAAUAGCUUUAGUUGGUGGGCACUCUGAUACUUUGCAUGCACAUGUUCUUGGAGCUGUCACCCUACUAAAAUUUCUUUUGAGAGGCAGAGCAUAUCAUCUUAAAUUAAAAGAUGUAACCACUUGGUCCAUUUUCUCCCUCAUGAAUAUUUGCUUGUAUAUCGGUAUGAAUUUUGCUGGAGUAUGAAAAUUUA